UGCACGCAUGUGACCCGCUGUUGUUAUAGCAACGUCAACUAAAACCAGUGCGCGGUGUCAGUUUCAGAAAUGAUGGUCUAAAUAUAUAUAUUUUUUGUGCAAACUACAAACGUUACCAUAUAGUUAUUCCUCCAGAAAACAGUGAGCAUGGCUCACGACGACUCUCGAGUGGAGUGGAUUAAAAAUGCAGUAUGUGUGAUGUAUGAUUUGCCUGAUUCAGGCUGCUUUGACGAGUUGCUCAGCCGCGGUGAUGGAGAGGAAGAGCAGAAAAUCAAACACUUUUUAAACGUGGUCACGGAGGAAGAGGUGGCUUUAACACUUUUUUUCUUCAAGAAUGUACGAGAAGAGGAGAUUGAAGUUGAAAUUCCUGCAGCAAACAGCACCAAGCCAUUCCACAUACCCCAAGAUCCAGUAGAAGGUGAGGAGAAUGACUCAGAAAGAAGUCCAUCUGCUUCCUCUGAAAGGACGCUCCUCUCAGACAGAGAGAAAACCCCUGCUGACAAGAAAAGAAAAGGCCAAAAAAGAAAAAGCCAGGAGUCAUCAAACCCAGAAGACUCUCAAAGUCAGAAUCUUGCAGUUGAAGGCCUGUCAGAGACUACAGAGAAUGGGGAUAAACCACUUCGCAAUUUUGAGAUCCAGGUUGUGUAUCACGUCGAGCUUCAUGUGGAAGUGAACAUUAUACCAGAGAGGUUUGAGAAAUACAAUGUCCUUUACUUCCUGAGGAACACUAAAGAAACCAUCACUGAACCAGUGGACAUAAACGAGGCUAAUCAUUUGAUGCCCAGACUUAUUGAGUUUGGCAUGAUGAAUGACCACCCCUUGAAGAUGCUUAGUGGGCUUCUCAACCAUGUGUAUAUCCCUCGUCUUUCGGCGAACCAGCAGAGACUCACUAAUGGUGGCUAUCAGGGUGUUGCUGGCUCUGAAGACAAUGACAUAAGCAAGACAACAGAAGGUGAAAAGCAGCAGCCUGUAGAGUCCCGUGGGUCUUUUGAAGUCCGGGAUGAUCUUCUCCACAGCACACAUAAAUUCCUACAGGUCAUAGACCAAACUCUACGGCAGCUGGAAGGUGAAUUUAAAUUGCACAUGCCAGAAAUAGAUUUGGAGGGUGAAGUGGAGUUGUUCUUGUCAAAUUCUGUGAUGGUGGAUAAACUUGAGCAGUGUGUGAUGAAUUGGCACACACAAAUCACAAUUGUCAUUGAAGAGCAAAAAAGGAAGAAACCACAGGGACCCGGUCCUUUGGCAGAAAUUGAGUUCUGGCGUGAACGUGUUGCUGUCUUUAGUAGUUUGAUUGAGCAGCUGAAUCUGCAAGCAGUAAAGAAGAUUCUAGAAGUGAUGACCCGUGCCGAUUCAUUCAUAAUGCAGGAACUGGAAAAGACCACAGCCGAGCUUAGAAAAUACUACGAUGAGUCUGUCAGUAAUGUGCAAUUCCUCACCACAGUGGAGAGACACUUCAGGAACCUUGUCACAGGAGUGGAUUUUAAAGUGGUCUUGGAAACUAUUCCAGAACUGAUAAAUGGGCUGCGUAUGAUAUGGAUAUUGUCUAGGUGUUACAACACAGAUGAGCGCAUGGAAGCUUUGAUGGAACGCAUUGCCUGGGAACUGUCUGAACGGGUUGCCAGAGUUGUGGAUGUCCAUGUUCUGUUUAAAGAGAAGAGGGUGGUGGCCAAAGCCAAGGUUCAGGAUGGAAAGCGCGUUUUAGAUAUAUGGAAGGCCUGUUAUUUUGAGGUUCGUGCACGGAUUGAGAAUUCCGAACGUGAUCCCCGCUGGGAAUUUAAUCGCAGAAAGCUCUUCGAAAAGACAGACUAUAUGGCUUCGAUCUGUCAGGACUUAUAUUCCGUCUUGCAGACUCUGGACGAGUUCUACAUUAUCUUUGGACCAGAGUUAAAAGCAGUGACGGGGGAUCCUAAGCGAAUCGAUGAUGUUUUACACUGUGUAAACUCCCUGGUCAAGCCCAUCGAGGAAGUUACUUUUGAUCCUUUUGACAACCGCAAAAUGACCAGCUGGAAAAUGGUCAUGCAGGAAUUUAACAAUGAAGUCCAGGUAAUUGAAAGAGAGGCCAUCACUUUUAUUGAUCACUCCUUCAAGACGCUGCGCUCCUCAUCUGCAGCCUUUGAUCUGCUGCUGAAAUUCAAGAACAUCCGCUGCAGAGAUGCCAUCAACGAUCAGCUGAUGAAAAAGUUCAGCGAUAUUCUUGCUCAGUACUGUAAAGAGAUGGUCCUUAUAAAUGACAUAUUUGUGAAGUUCAAGGAUAAUCCACCUCUGAGUAAGAAUCAUCCUCCAAUGGCAGGAGCUAUUAUUUGGCAACGUUUCUUGCUAGACCAAAUGCGAUAUCCCAUGAAACGCUUCAGGGAGGAUCGUGAUUUGAUGAACAAUCAAGAAGGGAAAGCAGUGGAAUCCAAAUUUAUAGAGGUGGCUUCACGUAUGAGGCAGUAUGAGGUGGAUCUCUAUAACAAAUGGAAAGCAGAUACUAAUCAAACUCUGCCCAUUCUCAUGAGGAAAAGCUUACUGGUCAUGGUCAACAGUUACGGGACUGUCUGUGCAGACUCCACACGUCAUCGUACUGGCUCGGAGAAGGUUUUGGAAAGGGAUGUGCGCUUUUCUGUUAAUUUUCCUCCUGAACUGCAAGAAAUCAUAUCUGAGGCCAAAUGUCUGGACCGUAUAGGCAUAGUAUUACCAGAUGAGCUGCAAAAUGUUGCUCUGCAGGAGGAGGUGUUUCUGAGGUACAUAAAUGGACUGAAGAAAUUAGUGAGGCGUUACCAUUUGUUAAUGGAUAAUCUAAAUGACGCAGAGUUUUUACUAAUGGCUGACCAGGUGCAGGAACUGAGGCAAGUGUUAAGCGUUGGGUGCAAAAGAAUCAACUGGAAUAAUCUGGGUAUACCACAAUUCAUCCAACGUGGAAACCAGGCAGCUUCAAAAUUUGAGUCACUUGAGAAUCAGAUUCAGAAGAACGAACGCGACAUUGAUGAUAAACUAAAGUCUAUCGAAUCUGCAAACCUUUUCAAGUUCCCGUUGGCAGAUCAAACCGGAUAUCUUCCAGGAAUAAGGGAGUUCUGUGAAUUCAUUGAAUCUGAGAGGGCAAAGACAGUGAAUCUGCUUGUAAAUAUGUAUGCAGCUAUCAGUCCCCUCCUCACCAAGAUGGAGAGUCUGAUCAUGGGGACCAGCACUGGCAAAGCCAAAGGCAUGGCUCAGUUCUAUGCUUACUGGGAGCGCAAGAUCUUCGAUUCACUUACCAAGAUGGUGUUUCAGAAUAUUCAAGCCUUUAACACAGCACUGAUGGGCAAUACUCCACUCUUCCAAAUCGAUACCAUCCUAGCUGCUCCAGAGAUUGCUUUGCUUCCUAAGAGCAGUGAAGUCUACAAGCUUAUUAGGCAGUGUGUCGGUGACUGUGUGGAGACGACUAAGAGGUUUGUUCGCUGGAUGCAUGGCAGCUGCAUUCAAUGCCCUCCACAGCACGUGGAUGGAGAAGACGAAUCAUUCCUCUUCACUUUUUACAGUGACAUUUGCCAGCUUCCACAGAUAAAUGAGCAAGCCACAGCUGUAUCCCAGACAAUACAACGUCUCCUUAAUGGAAUCAGUGUCUACCUCAAAUCCUGGAUGAGCUACCGCUCUCUCUGGAAACUCGACAAGGCUAUUGUCAUGGAGAAGUUUGCAGCCAAGAAGCCAUCGUGCGUGAUGUAUGAUGAGAAGUUUCAGUUCUAUGUCAAGGUCAGCAAUGAGGUGGCAAAGCAGCCCAUGGUGAAGCAUGAACACAUAAUCAGACUAAAUCUGGAACCUCUGGCACGUGCCGUCCAGGAGAACAUUCAAGUGUGGGUCACCUCUCUGGGAAAGCUACUCAAUGACUCGGCCCGAGAGGAGCUUUUUAACUUGCGCAAUGAGCUGUUGAUAUUGUCAGAAAAUCUGAAAAGAAGCCCUAAUACCUUGGAGGAUCUGAAAUUUGUUCUGGUGACUAUCACGGACAUUAGAGACAUGUCUCUCUCAGUGGAGAUGAGAAUCAAUGAUGCUCAAGAAAGAUACAGAACUCUGAGCAUGUACAUUGUGGAGACCACAGAGGAAGAGAUGCAGCUGUCUGCAAACAUCUCCAUUCUGUGGAACGAUCUUUUUAUGGAGUCUAGACAAGUUGACCGUAGUUUGGUAAAAGUUAAGAAGACCUUUGCAGAGAUCACUCUGAAUCAGAUUGAGGAGUAUAAACAGGAGCUCUUCAUAUUCGCAGAGAGCUUCAACAUGCAUGGGCCUGGAGCAGUGGGAGAUGAUCUAGAGAAAGGUUUGCAGAUCAUGAGUACCUAUGAGACAGAGCUGGUGAGGGUAGAGGCGAGACGUCAAGAACUGGCUAAAGCUGAGAAACUGUUCAAUUUGCCCAUCACUAUGUACCCAGAGCUUCUCAACGUGCAGAAGGAGAUGAGGGGCCUGAGACAGAUCUAUGAGAUUUUCAAGAGUCAGAAGGAAGCUAAGACAGAGUGGUCGCAGACCCUUUGGGUUAAUCUGGACAUUCAGCUCCUUCAAGAGGGUAUAGAUGGAUUUAUCAAGAGCUUACGGAAGCUCCCGAAGGAUGCGAGAGCUCUUCCUGUAUCGUUCUUUCUGGAGGGCCGCAUGAAGGAGUUCAGAGAGUCACUACCUCUACUCUUGGACCUUAAAAAUAAAGCUCUCAGGGAAAGGCACUGGAAGAGCCUAAUGGAGAGGACAGGUACUAACUUUGAGAUGAACCCAAACACCUUCACUCUUGAAAACAUGUUCGCCAUGGAACUGCACAAGUAUGGUAACGUCAUCAGUGAAAUCGUCACCUCAGCUGUCAAGGAGCUUGGCAUUGAAAAGGGAGUAAAAGAAGUGGAAGAAACAUGGGAUAGUAUGAAGUUCACUGUGCAUCGAUACUUCAAAGGCACACAAGAACAUGGUUUCAUUCUUGGUGCUGUGGAUGACAUCCUUCAACACCUGGACGAUGAUGCCAUGAACCUGCAGAGCAUGGCAGGCAGCCACUUUGUUGGUCCCUUCCUGGCCACCGUUCAACAGUGGGAGAAGAAUCUAUCACUUAUCAGUGAGACUAUUGAGGUGUGGAUGUUAGUACAGCAGAAAUGGAUGUACCUAGAAAGCAUCUUCAUUGGAGGUGACAUCCGCUCUCAGCUACCUGAGGAAGCCAAAAAAUUUGACAAUAUCGACAAAACGUUCAAAAAGAUAAUGACUGACACAGUAAAGGAUCCUGGCAUUAAAAGAUGCUGUCUGGUUCCAAAUCGUCUGGCUGACCUGCAGAACUUAAGCGAUGGUUUGGAGAGGUGUCAAAAGAGUCUAAAUGAUUAUCUUGAUUCCAAGCGGAACGCUUUCCCACGCUUUUUCUUCAUCUCUGACGAUGAGCUUCUCAGUAUUCUGGGCAGCAGUGAGCCUACUUGUGUGCAGGAGCACAUGAUUAAGAUGUAUGACAACAUAGCAGCUUUGCGUUUCGAUACGGGAAUGAAUGGAGAGAUGGUGGCAAAUGCACUUGUGUCUGCUGAGGGGGAGGUGAUGGAGCUCAAACAGCCUGUACCUGCAGAGGGCCGCGUGGAGGACUGGAUGACUGCGGUGCUGUUGGAGAUGAGAAGAACCAACAGACUCAUCACCAAAGAGGCUAUUUACUUCUACAGCCACCAAAAGUCAAGAGUGGACUGGAUGCUUGACUACCAGGGUAUGGUGGUACUAGCAACAAACCAGGUAUGGUGGACCUAUGAGGUGGAAGAUGUCUUCAGGAGGAUGAAUGAAGGAGAGAAGCAGGCACUGAAGCAGUAUGCAAAGAAAAUGCACCAGCAGAUCAAUGACCUGGUGAAACGCAUCACAGAACCCUUAAAGAAGAAUGACAGACGAAAAAUCAACACUGUCCUCAUCAUUGAUGUCCAUGCUAGAGAUAUUGUGGACUCUUUUGUCAGAGACAGCAUCACAGAUGCUCGUGAGUUUGAAUGGGAGAGUCAGUUGAGAUUCUACUGGGUGAAAGAGCCUGAUGAGCUGUUUGUGCGGCAGUGCAGUGCUCAGUUCUGCUACGGCUAUGAGUACAUGGGACUGAACGGCCGACUGGUCAUUACUCCCCUGACUGACCGCAUCUAUCUCACACUUACUCAGGCCUUGUCUAUGUUCCUGGGUGGAGCACCUGCCGGACCUGCGGGUACAGGCAAAACUGAAUCCACUAAAGAUCUGGCUAAAGCUUUGGGACUUUUGUGUGUGGUCACCAACUGCGGCGAGGGCAUGGACUACAUGGCUGUGGGGAAGAUUCUCUCUGGUUUAGCUCAGUGUGGAGCCUGGGGCUGUUUUGACGAGUUCAAUCGCAUUGACGCCUCAGUGCUGUCUGUCAUCUCAUCCCAGAUCCAAACAAUCAGAAACGCUCUCAUGCUGCACCUCCAGAGAUUUCAUUUUGAAGGUCAAGAAAUCAGUCUGGACAACCGCAUUGGGAUUUUCAUCACAAUGAACCCAGGUUAUGCCGGCCGCACAGAACUUCCAGAGUCAGUGAAAGCUUUAUUCAGACCAGUGGUUGUCAUCGUUCCUGACCUGCAGCAGAUUUGUGAGAUCAUGCUCUUCUCUGAAGGCUUCCUUGUGGCUAAGGUUUUGGCAAAGAAGAUGACAGUGCUGUACAAACUAGCCCGGGAGCAGCUGUCUAAACAGUCACACUACGACUUUGGUCUUAGAGCACUUAAAUCUGUGUUAGUAAUGGCAGGGGAGCUGAAGAGAGGUUCUCCUAAUCUCAGUGAGGAUGUGGUUCUGAUGAGAGCUCUUCGAGACAUGAACCUACCCAAGUUUGUAUUUGAGGAUGUUCCUCUGUUUUUGGGCCUCAUCUCAGAUCUGUUUCCUGGACUCGACUGUCCACGUGUGCGUUAUCCCAGCUUCAAUGAUGCUGUAGAGGCCAUCCUGGAGGAAAAUAGGUAUAUCAUGAUGCCCAGUCAGGUGGACAAAGUGGUGCAAAUGUAUGAAACUAUGAUGACCAGACACACAACCAUGGUUGUCGGACCCACAGGAGGAGGGAAAUCUGUGGUGAUCAACACACUCUGCCAAUCACAGACCAGGUUGGGACUGCUGACCAAAUUGUACAGCCUGAACCCUAAAGCAAUGAGUGUCAUUGAGCUAUAUGGGAUCCUGGAUCCGGUCACCCGAGACUGGACUGAUGGAAUAUUAUCGAACAUAUUUCGUGACAUCAAUAAACCCACCGAUAAAAAAGAAAGAAGGUACAUCCUGUUUGAUGGGGAUGUGGAUGCUCUUUGGGUGGAGAACAUGAAUUCAGUUAUGGAUGAUAACAAGCUUCUUACACUGGCUAAUGGAGAAAGAAUUCGUCUCCAGAGUCACUGUGCUCUGCUCUUUGAGGUUGGAGAUUUGCAAUACGCCUCUCCGGCUACUGUCUCUCGCUGUGGAAUGGUGUUUGUGGACCCUAAAAACCUUCGCUAUGCUCCCUACUGGGAAAAAUGGGUCAACAGCAGAGCCCCCAAAGAAAAGGCAGAUCUGUGUAAACUGUUUGAAAAGUAUGUGCCGAGUGCCAUUGAUAUGAUAGUGGAUGGUGUGGUUGAUGGUAAACAGACAGAGAAGCUAAAGACUGUAAUCCUGCAGACGGAUUUAAACAUGGUGAUGCAGUUGACUGUUAUGGUGGAUUCUUUGCUGGAGAAUGAGGAUUUUCUUUUUGAGGAGCUGGAGUGUUGUUUCCUAGAGGCUCUCUACUGUUCACUGGGGGCUUCACUCCUCGAUAAAGGCAGACAAAAGUUUGAUGCUUUUAUCAAAAAGCUGUCCUCUCUCAACAGUGUUCAUGAUGAGAAGGUGCUGGCUGGUCCUGGAGAGAUUCCAGUUUACUUGCCGACUCUCUAUGAUUUUCAUUUUGAUGGAACCCAAAAGAAGUGGGUUCCCUGGAGCUCCAUGGUCUCAAAAUACAUUCACAAUCCUGAAAUGAAAUUCAUCGACAUCCUUGUCCCGACAGUAGACACGACUCGUGCUAAUUGGCUGCUGGAGCAGAUGGUGAAAGUAAAAAGGCCAGUGGUUCUGGUUGGAGAGUCCGGCACCUCUAAAACAGCCACCAUACAGAAUUUCCUGAGUAAUCUCAAUACAGACACGACUAUAAUGAUGACCAUCAAUUUCUCAUCAAGAACAACCUCUAUGGACCUGCAGAGGACUCUGGAGGCAAAUGUUGAAAAGAGAACCAAGGACACGUUUGGUCCUCCUAUGGGCAAAAGGCUCCUUGUCUUUAUGGAUGACCUCAACAUGCCAAGGGUGGAUGAAUAUGGAACUCAACAACCUAUAGCUCUCCUCAAGCUUCUGUUGGACAGGGGUGGCAUGUAUGACCGAGGAAAAGAACUCAACUAUAAACUCAUAAAGGACCUGGGCUUCAUUGCAGCCAUGGGGAAGGCAGGCGGUGGUAGGAAUGAAGUGGACCCACGAUUCAUCUCUCUUUUCAGUGUGUUCAACAUCCCCUUCCCUGAGGAGGAAUCCCUACAUCUCAUCUACUCUUCUAUUCUAAGAGGACACACCAAGCCCUUUGAGGAGUGCAUCCGAAACAUCUGUGACAAGCUGACGUUUUGCACUCUGGAGCUGUACAAAACCAUAAUUAAGGAUUUACCGCCAACACCUUCCAAGUUCCACUACAUCUUUAACCUGAGAGAUCUCUCCAGAGUCUACCAUGGCCUGACGCUGACCAACCCUGAGAGGUUCUGCACAGUCACCCAGUUUGUUCGUGUUUGGAGGAAUGAAUGUUUAAGGGUCUUUCAUGACAGACUUAUCAAUGAAACUGACAAAAUCAUGGUCCAAGGACAUGUAAAGAAUCUGGUUGAAGAACACUUCAAAUCAGACCUGGAUUCAGCCAUGAGAGAUCCAAUUCUGUUUGGCGAUUAUAGAACAGCUCUUAAAUCUGAGCCAAGGGUUUAUGAGGAUAUACUGGACUAUGAUGCAUCCAAAGCUCUGUUUCAGGAAAUCCUGGAGGAGUAUAAUGAAAAUAAGACAAAAAUGAACUUAGUGCUGUUCGAUGAUGCACUUGAACACCUGACUGUCAUUCAUCGCAUUAUUAGAAUGGAUCGAGGUCAUGCAUUGCUGGUUGGUGUAGGUGGUUCAGGGAAACAGUCUCUUACAAAGCUGGCUGCCUUCACUGCAGGUUAUGAGGUGUUUGAAAUUGUGCUUAGUAGAGGAUACUCAGAGACUAACUUUCGGGAUGAUCUGAAAACUCUGUACCUCAAACUGGGUAUAGAGAAUAAGAAAAUGGUUUUCCUGUUCACUGAUGCUCAUGUGGCCGAGGAAGGUUUUCUGGAGCUCAUCAACAACAUGCUUACAUCAGGGAUGGUUCCAGCACUGUUUGCUGAUGAUGAGAAGGAAUCAGUCCUAAACCAGCUGCGAGAUGAAGCUAUGAAAUCAGGCUGUGGUCCUUCGAAAGAGAGUAUAUGGCAAUAUUUUGUCAACAAAAGUGCCAACAACUUGCAUAUAGUGCUGGCCAUGUCACCUGUAGGAGACACUCUCAGAACACGCUGCAGGAAUUUCCCAGGGUUGGUUAAUAACACAAGCAUUGACUGGUUCUCUCCAUGGCCUCUUCAGGCUCUAUAUGCAGUGGCCAAGUCAUUCUUAGGUGAGAGUCCGAUGAUCCCAAAGAGCCAUUCUGAGGCAGUGAUUGAUCACGUGUGCAUGGUACACAGCUCGGUAGGCGACUAUAGUAAACUGUUCCUGCAAACUCUACGUCGUAGCAACUACGUCACCCCUAAAAACUACCUGGACUUCAUUAACACCUACUCCAACCUACUGGAGGACAAAGAUAAAUACAUACUGGCACAAUAUAAACGCCUCGAAGGGGGUUUGGAUAAGCUGAAGGAGGCGAGUGGGCAGCUAGCAGAGCUCAACGUCAAGCUUGACGAGCAGAAAGUUGUGCUGGCAGAGAAGACUUCAGCCUGUGAGAUCCUUCUAGAAGAGAUCUGCGCUAACACCGCUGUCGCGGAAGAGAAGAAAACCCUGGCGGAGGAGAAGGCUAAAGAAAUAGAGGAGCAGAAUAAGGUGAUAGUGGUGGAGAAGAAGGAUGCUGAGAGCUCUUUAGCUGAAGCUCUUCCUGCUUUAGAGGCCGCUCGCAUCGCCCUGCAAGACCUAGACAAAAGUGAUGUCACAGAAAUCAGAUCCUUCACCAAACCACCUAAACAGGUGCAGACUGUGUGCGAGUGCAUCCUUGUCAUUCGGGGCUAUAAAGAGAUCAACUGGAAGACAGCCAAGGGCAUGAUGUCAGAGGGCAACUUCCUGCGCUCGCUUAUGGAAAUGGACUGUGACUCUAUCAACGCCAAUCAAGUAAAACAUGUCAAAGCCUAUCUAAGAAACCUCAACACCAGUUUGGAGGAGAUGCAAGGCAUCAGUAAAGCUGGGUCUGGGAUGCUAAGGUUCGUGGAGGCAGUCAUGGGCUACUGUGAAGUGGCCAGAGACAUCAAACCUAAAAGAGAAAAGGUGGCACGUCUGGAGAGGAAUUUCCACCAGAGCAAACGUGAGCUUGAACGAAUCCAAAAUGAGCUUGGCGCCAUCCAGAAAGAACUCAGAGCUCUUGGAGACAAAUAUGAGGGAGCCAUGACAGAGAAACAACUCCUGCAGGAGGAGGCCGAGGUCAUGGAGAGAAGACUCGUUGCUGCAGACAAACUCAUCUCAGGCCUGGCAUCAGAGAACAAGCGCUGGAUAAAGGACCUGGAGGAGCUGAAGCAGCGGCGAGUGCGUCUUCUGGGAGACUGUCUAAUCUGCGCUGCCUUCCUCAGCUAUGAAGGAGCCUUCAGCUGGGACUUCCGUAACGAAAUGGUGUAUAAGGUAUGGCAGGCAGACGUCCUGGAAAGAGGCAUUCCUCUGAGCCAGCCUUUCCGAAUAGAAAACCUGCUCACUGAUGAGGUGGAGAUCAGCAGAUGGGGAUCUGAAGGUCUCCCUCCAGAUGAGCUCUCAGUGCAGAACGGCAUCCUGACUACCAGAUCUAGCCGCUUCCCCUUGUGCAUUGACCCCCAGCAGCAAGCGCUUAACUGGGUCAAAAAAAAGGAGGAGAAGAACAAUCUGAAGAUCUCAUCAUUCAAUGAUCCAGACUUCUUGAAGGGGUUGGAGUUGGCUAUUAAGUAUGGAUUCCCCUUCCUCUUCCAAGAUGUGGAUGAAUAUAUCGAUCCCGUAAUUGACAACGUUCUUGAGAAGAAUAUAAAAGGGGCAGAGGGGCGCCAGGUUGUCGUACUUGGUGAUAAGGAAGUUGACUACGAUCCCAACUUCAAACUUUACCUCAAUACCAAACUUGCAAACCCAAAGUUCUUACCUGCAGUAUUUGGGAAGGCUAUGGUUAUCAAUUACACCGUUACCCUGAAGGGAUUGGAAGAUCAGCUGCUGAGUGUUAUUGUAGGAUUUGAGCGAAAGGAGCUGGAGGAGCAAAGAGAAAGGCUUAUUCUAGAGACUAGUGAGAACAAACGCUUGCUGAAAGAUCUGGAGGACUCACUGCUGAGAGAGCUGGCCACCUCUACUGGAAACAUGCUGGAUAAUGUUGAGCUCAUACAGACUCUGGAUGAAACCAAGUCCAAAGCCAACGAGGUUUUCGAGAAAUUGAAGCUGGCAGAAAAGACAGCUGUGGAUAUCGACACACUGAGAGACGGGUACAGACCAGCUGCCAAGCGAGGGGCUGUGUUGUUCUUCGUGCUGGCUGAGAUGGCUCUGGUCAGCAGCAUGUAUCAGUAUUCACUCGCUUCCUUCUUAGAGGUGUUUGACCUGUCACUGUCCAAGUCUCUGCCCAACCCAAUCUUGCCCAGCAGACUGAAGAACAUCAUAGACACACUUACACAGAAUGUCUAUAACUAUGGCUGUACUGGUCUGUUUGAAAGACACAAACUUCUCUUCUCCUUCAACAUGACUAUUAAGAUAGAGCAGGCUGAGGGCCGAGCACCACAAGAUGAACUGGAGUUCUUUUUUAAAGGUAACCUCUCUCUGGAAAAGAGCAAACGUAAGAAGCUGUUGGACUGGCUGCCUGAUCAAGGUUGGGAGGAUAUUAUACGCCUCAUGGAACUCUUUCCUAAUGAGUUUGGCACUUUAGCUGAUGAUAUAGAGAAGAAUCCUGAGGAAUGGAAGAAUUGGUAUGACUUGGAUGCUCCAGAGCAGGCUUCCUUCCCCAUGAAGUACAAAGAAAACCUCUCUCCCUUUCAGAAGCUUCUGCUCAUCCGCUGCUUCAGGCUGGACCGAGUGUACCGUGCCGUCAGUGAUUACGUCACGCUUACUAUGGGAGAGAAAUACGUGCAGCCUCCUGUGAUAAGCUUUGAAGCUAUUUUUGACCAAAGCUCUCCAAACUCACCCAUCGUGUUUAUUCUGAGUCCAGGCUCAGAACCAGCCAGCGAUCUGAUGAAGUUGGCCAAACACUCAGGCUUUGGCGUCAACAGACUCAAAUUUCUUGCCAUGGGGCAGGGACAGGAAAAGGUUGCAUUUCAGCUGUUGGAUACAGCUGUAGCAAGAGGUCAAUGGUUGAUGCUACAAAACUGUCACCUGUUAGUGAAAUGGCUUAGGGAUCUAGAGAAAACGCUGGAAAGAAUCACUAAGCCACAUCCAGACUUCCGCCUCUGGCUCACCACAGAGCCCAUUAAAGACUUUCCCAUCGGCAUCCUGCAGAAAUCCCUCAAGGUUGUCACAGAACCUCCAAAUGGGCUGAAGCUGAACAUGAGGGCCACGUAUUUUAAGAUCUCUCAUGAUAAGCUGAUGAACUGCGCUCACCCAGCCUUUCGCAGUCUGGUUUAUGUGCUGGCUUUCUUCCAUGCUGUAGUUCAGGAAAGACGCAAGUAUGGCAAAAUCGGAUGGAAUGUGCCUUAUGAUUUCAACGAAUCAGAUUUUCUGGUGUGUAUGGAAAUCUUGGACACCUAUUUGACCAAAGCCCAGAAUCAAGGAGAUGAAAUAAUACCAUGGGGAAGUCUGAAAUACCUAAUUGGAGAGGUGAUGUAUGGCGGCAGGGUUAUUGACAGCUUUGAUCGUAGGAUCCUCACAGUUUACACGGAUGAAUAUCUGGGCGACUUCAUCUUUGACACCUUCCAGCCCUUUCAUUUCUUUCACAAUGCAGAUGUAGACUACAAGAUCCCAGCACUUGGACCCAAGCAGGUUUACGUUGAUGAGAUCGAGUCGCUGCCUCUUGCUAACACUGCAGAGGUGUUUGGUUUGCACCCUAAUGCUGAGAUUGGAUAUUACACUCAGGCUGCCCGGGACAUGUGGACUCAUCUUAUUGAGCUCCAACCACAGACAGGUGACUCAGGCGGUGGUAUCAGUCGAGAUGAGUACAUCAGCCAGGUGGCGAGGGACAUUCAGAGCAAACUGCCUGAAGUGUUUGAUCUGGACGUGAUCCGCAAGAAGCUGGGACUGGAGAUCUCUCCUACAUCUGUGGUACUGCUUCAAGAGCUGGAGCGCUUUAACAAACUCACCGUGAGGAUGAGCCGCUCUCUGGCUGAGCUACAGCGCGCUCUGGCUGGUGAAGUGGGAAUGAGCAGCGAGUUGGAUGAGGUGGCCAGAGCUCUUUUUAAUGGGCAGAUUCCUGUGAUCUGGAGGAAACUGGCACCAGACACUCUGAAAUCUCUGGGAAACUGGAUGAUCCACUUCAAGAGACGACAUGAACAGUACAGCUCAUGGGUGAAUGAAGGAGAGCCGUACGUGAUGUGGCUCUCAGGUUUGCAUAUCCCUGAAUCGUACCUGACUGCGUUGGUCCAGGCCACGUGCAGGAAGAACGGCUGGCCUCUGGAUCACUCUACUCUCUACACACAGGUCACACAAUACAGCAGCGAGGACCAGGUCAAAGAGAGACCAGGACAAGGAUGUUUUGUAUCAGGACUGUAUCUGGAGGGUGCAGACUGGGACAUUGACAACGGGUGUUUGGUGCGCAGCAAACCAAGAGUCCUGGUGUCUCAGCUACCCAUCCUCAAAAUCAUCCCUAUUGAAGCACGUCGCCUCAAACUACAGAACACCCUGAGGACUCCAGUCUAUACUACAUCCAUGAGAAGGAAUGCCAUGGGUGUUGGACUGGUGUUUGAGGCUGAUCUUUACACCACCAAGCACAUUUCUCACUGGGUGCUGGAGGGAGUGUGUUUAUGCCUUAAUUCUGACUGAUAGUUUAUUCUAAAAUGAAAUUAUUUAUUAGAGGCUUCAAAAAAAAUCAUUAAUAAAUUCUUAUAAUAAGGAAUGAUA